UCGUGACGUAUAUAAUGCUCGACAGUCUGAUAGAUGCAUGUGUAUGUUAGCCGGUCGGGCUACGGGCUGUCAGGAGAAGGAUUGUGGAAUCCUGAAAGCAGCAUUUUAUUUUCCAGUGAUUACUUUAUUUUGGUAAUGUUUUGUGUGGUUUACUGGUAGGCAUACUUGGUUAUAGACAGUAGAAAAAUAUUACUUGAUGGACGCAUACUGUCGCGUAAUGUAAGGACAUUUUGAUGUAGGCUAUGUAAUGCGGUAGCUAGCUUUGUUUUAGGUAAUAUAGAUAAGAUGGUUAACUUACCUUCCCAAUUUUGCACCGAAUGUAUCCUUGAUUCUUUCAAACCAGAUGCCAUUUCAAGACCGCCAUUUCAUGUUUAUGUGAUCAGAAACGCGCACCUUGCUAUAUUUUUCGAUCUCCUUUUCCAGAUCUGAGAUCACGAUGCUAUGACCCCAAAAAGCUGUGGAAAUGAGGACCAAUAGUUUCGCCAACCUUCACCGCAACCGUUUUUGGUUGCAGGCACGUGGAAAGUUAUUCUCUAAAUACUGGUCUUCUCAGAGGCGUGUCGCACUUGUGAGCAGCAGGGGCAAAUGCAUCCACACUCGCGUAUAUAAGAGAAACUUUCGGCUAAAGAAAUGGUCUGAAACUAGAGCCCAGCUUCAGAGGUCUGCUGAACUUGCAGUCCACUCGGGUUCUGAGACGGUAAAGCAUGAAAUAACUGAAGGACAGUCUCCCGGCUGCCCAUUAAAAAUGCACAACCCAGAGGAGAUUUGUUCGGCAGAUAUAUUUGCAGCCAUCUCAGAGUGUCCAAUUGUAUUAUCUGGAGAGUCUGCAGUUGAUGCUCCCCCCCUGGAGCUGUCCAGCAUCCCCUUUUCCUUGAAUAUCAUUGGCCAGAAAGAGGACAGUGGUCAUCCAAGUUGUGCUUUACCAGAGGAGGCCAGUCAAAGGACUAAGCUGACAGCAGGCUGUAAAAGUGUCAAACGGUCUGUGUCAAAAAAGAGUUCAAGGUUAGCCAGCAAGGGGAGGAGGAGAGCUCUUCCUCUGUUGAAGUGGUGCAGGAGAUUGUCAAGGUUUGAUUUCCAGUCCCAGUACAGAGUCUGGAGCUCUUGGUUUCGCAGCAAUAGGAAGGGGAGAAAAUCCAGAAGCAUUCUCCACAUCUCUACCCCUAGAGACAACCCCCAGGAAGCAAAGGUGCUCCCCUACUUGUCCAGCCCAAACACGGACUGCAAGGACUUUGGUAGUAGUGACGACAAUGUGCACAAACUUGGAAAGAGAGAGAGUGCGUCAGAAGUGGAUGGGUCAGAGCCAGUGAAGGGAACUCUGGCGCAAGACCACUCUGCUCCCAAAAUGUGGUUGUCAGGGCAGGAGGCUGUUUGUUGGCAUGCCAGAGAAAACAAGCAUAACCUUCGGUCCUGUGAUGGCAACAACCUUAAAAUUAAACCGCAGCUGGACAAACCUGAGGGGCCUGAUGUGCCCAGGGUGGGCCUGAGUCACAGUUCUGGGAUUCUAAAGCAAACUUUACUCGCCAGUGGUCCUCCAGCAGGUGAUGGUGAAGAAAAGGGGACGUUACCCACACCCUGUCUGGUCCAGGGCAGAGGGCCCCUCCGGGACCACCGCUACUGCAGGACCACAGUAGGGGCCCCCUACACUGUUACACACAGCAGCCAGUUGUUAACCAAGGAGGUCACCAAUGAAGGAAUGAAAGAACUCGUUCAUGAGUUUCUUGAGCACUUUUAUGGGAAACAUGGCAGCUUUAUACCCUUGAGUAAGAGUGACGUACUGAAGCACCUCAAGAAUAAGCUCAACACAGACCUUAAGGACAGGCAAUCUUUAAUCUAUACAGAAUUGACUAAAUACCAAGCUGUUUUAGCCAGUGCUCCAAUGCGCCAUUUCAAUGUGGUCUACAACAAGCACCGACUGACCCUGGAGGACCUUUCUACACUGGACAACCAGAACUGGGUCAAUGAUCAGGUGAUAAAUAUGUAUGGGGAAUUAAUCAUGGAGGCCGUCAACCACAAGGUGCAUUUCUUCAACAGUUUCUUUCACAGACAGCUGGUAACCAAAGGUUACGAAGGCAUCAAGAGGUGGACCAGAAAGGUGGACCUCUUCACCAAAAACUUGCUGCUGAUUCCCAUUCAUCUAGAAAUACACUGGUCUCUGAUCACUGUGGAUAUUGCCACUCGGAACAUCCAUUUCUACGACUCUCAAGGCAUUGUGUUCAGGCAUGCUAUUGAGAACAUCUUAAAGUACAUUAUGGCUGAAGCGAAGGAAAAGGAGUGCACAGUUUAUCAGAAAGGCUGGAAGAUGAUCGUUAACAAGAGGAUACCACAGCAGAGGAAUGACAAUGACUGUGGGGUAUUUGUUUUGGAGUACUGUAAGUGUCUGGCAUUAGGCAAGCCACUGCAGUUCUCUCAGGCAGACAUGCCGAAGAUCCGGAAGCGCAUUUACAAGGAACUCUGCGACUGUAAGCUCACCGAGUAACUUGGAGACUUUCCAUUGCCUUCCCCUUGCCUGGAGAAGGCCACAGUGUCCGUAAUGUAAAGACGAACACAGUGCAUGGAAACAGACCCGUCCCUGCUUGGAUAAUGAAAGUAUGGAAAGGCGUGCUGUUCUUACAGCAGAGGAGACUGCUCCCAACAAGCCAUUGUGUUUAGGACUGGGGUAGAAUGGCAAUGAAUGCCAUCAGUGUCAGUAUUAUACUCUUCUGAAAAUGUGGUCGAGUUCUUUUGUUGGUUUCACUGUCAUCAGUUUUAAUUAACCAAGUACAGGCAAAUCAGUUAAACAGUAAGUCUUAACAUUUGUCUACUGGUAAAUGACAUGGGCAUUGAUGGGUUUUCUUUUUCUUUUUGCACUAGUUGUCUGCUGACUUUCUCAAGUGUUGUUUAAAAUUUCAUGUGCAGUGUUAUGUUUUCUGUCAUUUACUUUUGGUUCUUCUAUUUGUGUGGAAAGCGGCCUGUAGCGUAGUGGUUAAGGUAAAUGACUUAACCACUGGUCAGUGGUUCUAAUUCCGGUGUAGCCACAAUAAGAUCCGCACAGCCGUUGGGCCUUUGAGCAAGGCCCUUAACCCUGCAUUGCUCCAGGGGAGGAUUGUCUCCUGCUUAGUCUAAUCAACUGUACGUUGCUCUGUACGAGCGUCUGCCAAAUACCAAUAAUGUAAUGUAAUAAUGUAAAGCAGUUUGUCUGAAAGCAUGUACUUUAAUGUAAUUUAAAUUGGCUAGACUAGCAAAAAAGGAAGCACACAUUAUUGCACAGUGUGAAUUCAACAGAUAAAGGGAGGACUUUUUUCUUCUUUUUUCUUUUUUUGACCCAGCACAGUUUGAUAAAAAGGACUACCAUCAGAUGCAUUAUCAUUUGGCUAUAUUAUUUGAACUAAUGUAAAUGCAAAAAUAAAAUUUAAAUGUAUGCUAAAAUUCAUAAACGCCCAUAUUUAUUUAUUUGUUGGCAG